GCAGCGGCGGCGGCGGCGGCGGCGGCGGCGGCGCCCCUCUCUCUCUUUCUCUCUCUCUGCCGGCGUCUGUGCUUUGUCUCUCUCGCUCCUUCGUGCAGUACGCACUCUCAGCGGCGCAUACAUACAGCCCCGCGCUACGCGAGAAAGAGAGAAAGAGCAGCGGAGUCGCGACCGACCGCAGUGCGCUCGCAGUACCACGUGCGCUCGGACGCGUUUUUUUCCUGCACUGACGCACCUACACUCGAGAUAGAGACUGAGAGAAGAGCAGCUGGCUGCACAUCUCGCCGCAAGAGUGAAAAACAGAGGAAUCGCAUCGCCGAGAGUUGUAGUGAGUGAGAAGUCGGCGCGAAAAUUUAAAAGGACACGCCCAAAGCGGAGUAUAUACAGUAUAGUGUUGCCUGCUACUACUGCUGCCGGCAGUUCACAAAACGCCGCGGCGCUGUAGAGGAAGAAAACAGCAGCAGUCGGAGCGCAUCGUUCGCAGCAGCAGUGCGCGAGUGUACACAGUCUCGCUCAUCGAUCGGCCCCAGCCUGCUACUACUGGCCCUAUUAUUUUUCCGCCCUUCUCGCCCUCCCCCCCCCGGCCCUGGUGCAUAUACCUACACACAACGUACACACACACACACACACAGUGCAGUGCUCGGAGUAUAGAGAAUAUACAAAACACAUCCAGCCGAGUAUUCCACACAACUCGCGGAGAGCGAGACUCGCUCGUCCUAUACACAUACACGCAGGCGCAGUGUGCUCCGGUGCGCGGUUUCGUGAUCGUGAGAGGGAGUAAUUCGAUUUUUGCAAGUGUGCCAGUGAACGACAUUCGCCGCAGCGAGGAAACUAGGCUGCAGAGUCGUGUGUUCAGCGAGAGGAAGCUUCGUUAACCGAGUGAAAGGAGUAAAGGGCGCGAUGCGUUAAUUCGUUCGAAUCCUCCAAACGACGACGAACACACAGCAUCAGGUUCAAGCGCCUCUCUCGAGACAGGUCCAGCAAGAGAGUCAAGAAGACGUUCCAACGAGAGAAGAAGAAGAAGAGAAGAGGGAGGGAAAGAGACAGCUAGAGAGAGAGAGAGAGAGAGAGGGAGCGAAAAGCCGAAGAAUGGAGUUUUACGACGUGGGAACCAGCGCCCUUGGGGAGCUCUGGGAUUCCUACCUCGUUGAAUCGAGCCUGAGCCAUGACGCCCUCAUGGGUAAGGACGACGACUGGAGCUGCAGCAUCGGCUCGGCCAGUCUUCGGGACUGCAAGCAGACGUCCUUCGGCGUGGUGCUGCGGGACCGGCUCAUGACCGAUGCCGCCCUCGGUGGACCCAAGCCCAUCAAGUCCGAGCAUAGCUACAGCAUGUUGGCCUGCAGUCCUCCGCCCACCAUCACCACGACCGCCUCCAGUGGAACCGGGGUCAGCAGACUUCAGCAGCAGAGUCAUCAAGCCGUCGACCACCAUGUGUCCGGGGUCUUCGCGGGGGCUAUCGUCUGCACGAGCGAACCCAGCAGACUGGAUGUGACGGAUAUGGAAGAAGAAUGCUACCCGGCCAUCUCCAUGAACACAGCGUCCGGCAGGGAUUCCUCGAGAUCAUCGCCCGUCUCGUUCGUCACUGCCUCCGACAGCGUCGAGCUGACGAGGCCGGACGUCUGCAUCGACGAGGACGAAGCCGAGAGCUGCACUAAAAUCAAGGGCGAACCUCUCAGUGCUCCCUGCAGUCCCUGCGCUUCGAAUCCGACGAUUCUCAUCGAGGACAACAAGAGCACCAUGGCCAUCUCGCCGCACAGCCUACACCUGACCGGCUUCGCCUCGCAGACCAGCGACAGCGAGGACGAGGAUGAGGAGAUGCAACAGGAAUUCAAAGUCGAGACCUUCGAGGUGCCCAUCGAGGACGACGUGAUCGACCAGACCUCGAGCCAGGAACUCCCACCCACGCCUCCGAGCAGUGCGAGCUCCGACAGCGAGGGCACGGUCUCUGCCUCUUGUUCACCCGAACGCAGGGAUUCCCACGGCUCCGUCCACGUUCAGAGCCUCCGAGGCUUCCUACAGCCCAGGCUAUACGUCACGACGAACGGCACCAUCAGCCAACACGCCGCCAGCACGCGUCAACCCAUUCACACGCCCCUCAUCUCUUGUCAACCGAAGGGCUCUACGGGUGUGCUUGUACUCACCGAGGAGGAGAAGAGGACAUUGAUCGCCGAAGGCUACCCAGUGCCGACGAAGCUGCCUCUCACCAAGCAGGAGGAGAAAUCGCUGAAGAAAGUGCGCAGGAAAAUCAAGAACAAGAUCUCCGCGCAAGAGUCGCGCAGGAAGAAGAAGGAGUACAUGGACGGCCUGGAGAGGCGAGUGACGCUGCUGACGAACGAGAACUCGACCUACAGGGAAAAGGUCUCCACGCUGGAAACCACCAAUCGCCAGCUGCUCAAGGAGCUGCAGCGUCUCCAGGCGAUAAUCCAACGAAACAAGUCUUCCUAAACGUAUUCCUCCGCGUCGAAUCUGCCUCGCAGGAGCUCGGUAGACUAAAAUAUUUAAAAAAUGAAAGAAAGAAAGGAAAGAAAACCGUUGUCCCGCGGAGCUGACGCUAUAGAGAAAGUUUCAUAGGAAGUCAAUGCUUCUCGACUGAGCGAGUUAUAUUAUAACACUACAACCACGAUAAAGCUAUGAACAUUUUGUCCAGAAAUGUCACGGUUAGCAUUUAAUGAUUAACUUUAUUAUAUAUAGAGAGAUAUAUGUAGCAUAUAGGGAGACAGAGCGGCAUGGUGCCUUUGUUAGAAAAUAUUGAUAGCAACUCGAGCUUGCACUCAGAUAUUUUUCAGAGUAUACGGACUUGUGGCCUUUACGCCAAUUACGUCUUUGUUGUAUAAUGCAGUCACGGGCUUCUCUUUCUGUCUGUGUGUGUGUCUUUUCUUGCGUCCGGAGCCCCAAAGAGAAAGAAAGUUUAGGGACCUAAAAUAUUUUAUCUAAAAGUUUACAUUACCAUUUACAGAGUUAUUCUAGGAUAGCGUGCUAAACGACUGUACACGAGUUGAUCGUGCUAAUCAAAUUUUGUUGUUCGUGUGCGGAAACCUGGGGCUGGUUUAUAUAAGUUUUAUACCCUCGCGCGUUCUGCACGCAUUAUAUUUGAAGGAACGUUUUCAGCUCUACAGAUCAUGUAUAUAUAGAAAGGUUUUUUUCUUUGCGAGGCAACGAAAAUGAAAUUUUCUCGAGUCAUGUCUUACUUUAACGCGAUACAUAUUGCUCUUGUGGUCAUAAUGUCUUCAUUAUUGACUGUUGCCAAAUCAUCGGGAGACGUGCAAGUGAGUUGCGAGUUAUCAUACAAAUCAACUUUGUUUCAUCAGCAUCAUUAUUAUUAUCAUCAUUUUACCCCUUAUUUUUACUCUUUUAAAGAAAAAAUUAUAUUAUAAUUUACACGUGUGAUUGAGCGAACGCUUUGGACUUUUUUUUUAUCUGACAUGGAUAAGUAUAUGAUGAGGAGAGGAUUUUGAGCACAGGCACAUUUUACGAAACACUACUCUAGAUGUUUUUAAAGAAUAAUUAAAAUCUGUCAAUGCCUGCCGAAUUAAUGGCUUAAAAAGAUCUCGUUGUAAUGCAAAUCAUAGAUAUAUUAUAUAUAGAAUUAUAUGAAAAAAUAUUUGAUAUUUUUUGCAGAUUUAUGUAUACGUCUUUUUCUACACUACGAAAGAAAAAAUUAUGAUUUUUCAAUCAAUCCAUAUGUAAUACUGCACUCGUUAAACUGAUAAUUUUUAAUAGCGUGUGCUUUGUUUCGAAUGGCGCUCUUCUGCGUCCAAAUAGUACGAUACAAAUUACUUAUCGAAGACUUAUUUUGUCGAUUGUUUCUUUUUUUUUAUUUGAGAGAAAAAGACGAGAUAUGAAAAAGAAAAAUAUACACGAAAAUCAUAUAUUCUAUAACGAGUUUUUAUAAAAUUAUAUUUGCGCCGUAUUUUAAAGAUAUAUUUCACUUUAUAUACAUGUUAUAACAUAUGGCACUUGUAUAUUUUAUAUACGAGAAAGUAUGUAGAGAAUAUAUACGCAAUGAGUAUAGGAGAGAUAUACGAGUGGCUAUCAUCAAUUUUUGCGACAGAUCUACAAUCGUGUUGUUUCGUGUUACUUGUUGUAUAAAAGAAAACUAUUGCAUUACAGACAUUUCUUUUUCGCGGUGCCGCCUGCGCGUCCUGCAAGCGUCACCGCGCUCAGAUAUAUGCGCGUCUAAAUGUUAAUAAUAUUUUAUUUAUGAUAAAAUAUAUGAGAGUGAGAGAUAAACCGAGAGAAAGUAUAUUAUUAUUAUUAUUAUUAUUAUUAUUAUUAUUAUAUAGGCGAGAGAGGGUGAUAUAUCUAUAUGGAAAUCGUGUAUAUUAUGCGACGAACUUGUGGAAUGAAGAAAACAGGGGAAAAAAACAUAACUAUAUGGAAGACAAACAUGAAUCUACAUGCUAUAUAUACACGAAGAGCGUUUUGUAAGUUAAAGAACGAUAUUUUUCUGCGCUGUAUAUGUGAAUGCGAAUAAAGCGAUAUGUCACGUUAUACAUUCUACUAUUUUUCGCAUACAUAUACCUCACACUGGAUAGAUCGACUGGGUGUUGUCAGACAAUAAUAUAAGAAAAAGAUAAAUAAAAUAAAAAAUAAAACUAGUGCGACCCAAGAAAAAAAAA